GACCAGGCCUACUGUCGCAGGGCCAAAUGGAAAGCCGAUGUACCAUACCGUGACAGCGCUCAAGCGGUGGUCAUGUGCUGACAAGGAGCUUCCUGCCGUGCCUAAAAUCAAGGCCAUUCACGUCUACGACUUCGACAACACCCUAUUUGCAAGCCCGCUUCCAAACAAGCAGCUAUGGAACAGCGCCACCAUAGGCCAGCUUGGCUCGCCCGACAUGUUCCUCAACGGAGGCUGGUGGCACGACUCGAGCAUCUUAGCAGCGACGGGCGAAGGCCUCGAAAAGGAAGAGGCGCGCGCAUGGCAAGGCUGGUGGAACGAGCAGAUUGUCGAGCUUGUCGAAUCAUCGAUGGCCCAAAAGGAUGCGCUGAGUGUUCUCUUGACUGGCCGGGGGGAGUCCAACUUCGCCGACCUUGUCAAGCGCAUCGUUCGGAGCAGGCGCUUGGAAUUCGACAUGGUCUGCCUGAAGCCUGCCAUUGGACCUUCGGGACAGAAGUUCAAAAGCACAAUGGAGUUUAAGCAGGAGUUGCUCAAGGACAUUGUCUACACAUACAAGGACGCUGAGAAGCUGAGCAUCUACGAAGACCGAGUGAAGCACACUAAAGGCUUCCGCGACUUCUUCUUCCAGUUCAACGAAGACUUGCUCAGGGCCCAAAACCAAGCGCCGCGCCGGCCUAUCACCACCGAGGUCAUACAGGUUCCGGAGAACGCCACAUCACUCGACCCGGUGGCUGAAAUUGCGGGAAUCCAGAAAAUGAUCAACACACAUAACAUACAAGUCAAGUCGGGAAAUGUGCCCCCUGGCACACCGCCGUACCAGAUCAAGAAAACAGUCUUCUACACUGGUUACAUGAUCCCUCCGGAUAUGACUGAGAAGUUGACUUCUCUAGUCUCAUUACCCCCAGGUGCUCCAAGGGACGACAUCCGAUACCUCGCAAACAGCAUCCUCAUCACACCGAAGCCAUGCCCAAAAAGUAUAUUAGACAAGGUCGGCGGAAUCGGUGCAAGAGUCAGGUGGAAGGUGACGGCCAUUUCCUGUUUUGAGAACAAGCUCUGGGCUGCAAGAGUUGAGACUGUGCCAAAGGGCACAAAGUUCUACUCUGAGAAUCCUGUUCCGACAGUCGUCUUGGCGACCCGCAAGAACGGUCGACCGGCAGACGCCGCACGCAUCGUCAACUGGCAUCCGGUACCCCAAGAACAUGCCUUUGAAUUUGACAGUGUCGUAGGUGAGAAGCAGAUGUUGCGCAUCGAGGAAGAGACGUCAAACGAGAGCGAGUACGAGAGCUAUUUCCCCAACAAGUCCCAUCGCAAGGAGGAGCCGAACGGCCGCCGCGACAACUCUCGGUCAAACCAUGGCCGAGGCAAAGAUAAGGAUGAUCGGUCUGGAGGCUAUCGUGGUGGCAACCGAGAACGGGGUCGCGGAAACAACAGACACUCGUCUUAUGGCCAAAGAGGUGGCGCUCGUGGUGGCUACCGUGGAGACCGGAGUGGGGGGCGAGGACGUGGCCGUAGCGGCGGUGGACAGUCGCAGUACAGGAGUCUGGACGAUGUCGACAAUGGCUACGGCAACCGCGGACCUGACAGCAAUCCGGAUGCAUUCUACUAACAUUGCAGUGUACGUGACCGCUUUAGGUGCCUGAUGACGACCGUUCGCUUGUGUCGAUCCAUACCACUACAGAACACUGCGUAGCUCGCAGUAAGUAUAGGAGACAGUAUCAGUAGUAUGACGCGCUAGUCAUUCCGAUCGGCUAAACCUUUGGACCAGGUUCGGUUCACGUGACACGUCUCUUACAUCACACGUUUGUGAUGUCAUAGAUCUUUCCUUGCUCCUGUAUGAAUACUUCAAAAGCGAAGCCUUUGCGCCAUCCCGUACUCCAUUA